AUUAUGGGAGGAGCUACCGCCACAAACCAGGAAAUAAUAGAAUAUUCACAUGAGCCUUGUGUUUUGAAGUUAAUUACUUAGAAAUUAUUUCAUAAUUUUAGUAUAUCUACAUUAGAUUAUUGUUUUGUUUUUUUUUGUAUUAUCAAGAAGCUGGGCACCCACCUCAUUUGCAGUCCGGAAAGAGUUCAUUUUUUCACUUUCAUCCAACUCCUGUUGACUUGUUGUUAUCGUUGAUACCUCUCCAAACUGGGAGAUGUGUUGCUAGGCUUGCCCCGAUUUUUAUAGCUGCCCCGUUGUGUAUCUUAAGUAUGUAUUGUUAUUAGAGGUGAGAUUGGUUAACGGGUGGACAUGGAGACCUUGGGAUCUCAAAAUCCUGAUUUGAGCUUGGUGCUUUCCUCCUGUGAGCCUGAGCUGCAGGAGCUGAUGCGGCAGAUUGACAUUAUGAUCAGUCAGCAGAGGACUCAGUGGGAGGCAGAGAUCUGGACCACUCAAGUCCAGCUGAAAACUGCCCAGGAGGAACUGUCCACCUCCCGAGAGCUCCUACAGAGGAAGGAGCUGGAGAUUUCAAUACUUCAAAAGCAGCAAGAAUCCACAAAGGCAGAACUUAUUUCGAAGUAUGAACAACAACUGCAAAAAGUCUGUGAAGAGUUAAAUAAAUUGAAAAGAAGUUAUCAGAAGCUUCAUCGCAAACAUAUGAAGCAGGAUAGCACUGGAGCAAAAGACUCAGACCAUUCAGAAGUGUCCAGACUCAAGGAGAAGAUUGAGGAACAACAAAGGCACUCCGCAGACUGGGAACAACAGUGUGUCAAAUACCAAAAACAACUCGCCACAAUAGAGACACUGAACAAGAGUCUGACUCAAGAAGUCUCACUUCUGAAAUCCCAGUGGUCACUGUCAAAGGAGCGAGAGCACAAGGAUUGUUGUUCACAGCUGCAGCAUCUUCAAGCUCAGCUGGAGAAAACUCAGGACAGUCUUCAUUCACAAGCGCUGGAGCUGGAGCGACUGCGCCCCCUGGAGGUGUGGUUGGGACAGUACCAGAGAGAGAAAAAGCUGCAUGCAGAAGAAAGCAAGGAGCUUCAUGCUCUGGACUCACAGGAUUCAUUUGUACGACGUGCCAGUUUGGAGUGGCAGAGGCUUCAAAAUGAAGCUGAAAGACUCAAACAGCUGCUACAGGCUAAAGAUCAAGUUAUACACUCUCUGGAGGACUGUCUGGCGGCUCAUGGCAGUGCAGGAGUGGAUACCGUGAGGUUUGAUCUGGAGAAGACCACCGCCAAACUGCAGUCUGCCCAGACCAGUGAGGCUGAGCUCAGGGCUGAAUUGUCAUGUCUGAAAGAGAAACUUGAGGUGAUGAGCAGACGUAAAGACGACCAAUCAAAGACGGAGCAGGAGCUGAAAAGUAUCAAGGCUGAAUAUGAGUCAUGCACUGCAGAAAUGAAAAAGCUGAGAGAGGAGCUUCAGCGGGCCCAGCAGACUCACAGUGGGGAGGUGGAGGGCAUGAGGAGUGAGGUGUCCAAACUGACCAGUGAGCUCCACCAGAGAGACCGCGCCAUCUCCUCACACAACGGCUCUAUGUGCAGCAUCCGGGAGCAGCUCAGAGAGGAGCAGCAGCAAACAGAGCAGCGGACCAUUCAGCUCAAAAUGACUCAGGCUCAGCUAGAGACUCUGAAAGGAGAGAACCAACAUCUGAAAAGUCUGCUUCAGCGCCAGGAUUCUCGUUCACCCAAGAGAGGCGACCCAUCCCUGGCAGCAUUAAGGGACAGUUACAUCUCGUCUCUGAGCAGUCUGGAACAGGAGAAUCUACAGUUGAGGCAGGCGCUUGGAGACGUGCAGAGUCGACUUGGUGCUUCCAAUUCAAAUAGUCAAACACUGCAAGUUACUACUCUACCUACUAGGGACCAAACAGACCAAAUGAAAACCAGGGAACCAGGCAGUGGCUCCAGCUACGAGGGGGAGAUCCAGAAACUGUUCAGUCAACUGCAAGUCAAACCCCAUCCCUCCAUAGGACUAUCUCACAGCGGCUCUCAGGACAGCCGGACCCAGUCUCCAGCUCUGUCCCGCCCCUCCUCCUCCAGCUCCUCUGAACUGAACCUGGGCAGGAGGAACUCAGCCUCCAGUGACUCUGCUGCUGAGGGGCCAGGCUCCACACAUUCAAAUACAAGGGAGAGGGCCACAGGAGCAGAAUCUUUGCCCCCAUCUCCUUCUGGUGGGAUGGUUUCUCGCUUCCUGGAGGAGGAGACACUGAGGUCCAAGGAGCUGCUGCAGAUACUGGAUUCUCAUAUCCAAAAUAUGACGGACAACAACACGAGGACUGUGUCCAAGUACCUGCCCAGUGCCAUGGUAACACAGGACCCUACUUCUACAAACAGUUAGUGACUGAAAUAUAGCAAGUCAAGAAAGUGCCUAAUACAUGUAGUUUAUUAUCUUGGAAUAUUGGAAAUAUAAUUUACAUUUUAAUCAUUGUAUUUUUACUUAUUGUACACAAUAUUUAAAGAUAAAAAUAAAAAAUGUAUUAAGUUUGACAAUGCCACAAUUAGUAUUAAUAAUAUGAUAAGAUGGAAAUUGCCACAUUGCAAAUGUAAACUGAUUUCAGGUUAUAGGUAAAUUAAACUAAUGAAAUAUACUUAAGACAUGAAGUUAUCCAUUGAAUUGCUAAUUUUAUCUUAUCAAACUUAAUAAUAAAGUGAUGUAUAUUUCCCAAGUAAUUGUGAAAUUCAAUGAACAUUCCAUUAUAAAUCCAUAUGGUCCUGAAUCACUGGAUCUGGCA